ACUUUGGUAACUAAGAGGGUUUGGGGGAAAACUCUGGGAUCCUGGUGACAGGGGUUCUUCUGCUGAGUACCAGAGCCUGAGUGCACCUGGACAAAAAAGGCAGCAAAAAGCAGCAGCGCUAAUACUGAUGGCAGGUUCUCUCCCCAAAGAGGAAACCCCCUGUAUCUCAUGAGAUUUCCCCAUGAGUCUGUUGUCUGUUGUUUCCUUCCUGUGGUUGCAAGUCUCGUAGUCAGCUACAGGUGCCUGGGCUCAGAGACAGCGAGUGGGGCUGAGAUUUCAGUCCUGCUUGGGGACUUCAUGGUAGCAUGACCCUGCAGUUACUGGCUCCAAGCUUUCUCCUGGUGUUUGUAUCUCUGCUGGCAGCACAGGGCCAGGAAGAACCUGAUCCCAAGGUCCAAGCAGAGACUUCAGAAACAGAAACCUGCCAAAGGCCCUGGUGGGACUCAAGACUCCGGCUGGCACCAGACCAGGAGAAUUACAAGAAGGAUGAAGAAGUGAUGCUGAGCUGCCCUGAGGGUUUCCAGCCGUCCUUCACCCACAUCAAAUGUUCAAGUGAAGUCCAUUCCAUCAGCUAUGGGAAACCCAUAUACAGGGAAGUUUGGCGUAGAAGGGACAGCAGCGGCAGAUGGAUCCGCAUUCAGUCCGACAUGAGGUGCAUGGAGGUCCUCCAGGUCCUCCCUGAGACCCUGGAGAUUUCCAGCACCACCAUCAAACUGAACUGGACGUGCAGGCUCCCUGACACCUGCCAGCGCAUGCGGGCCACGUGCCGUCUGGCAGGGCCUUCCUCCCCUCCCUGUGAGGCUGAGGAGGUGAAGGGAGAGGAGAUGCUACAUGGCCAGGAGGGAACAUUCACCUGCCCGCCUCUGCAGCCCUUCACUGUCUACAGUGUCACCAUCUCCCUGCCACCCAGCACGGUCCUUUUCACAUGGUUGGUCAGGACAAAGGAAACAGUGCCCGACAAACCAGAGAAGCUGUGGCUGGAUCCCAGCACGGGUUCCCUCCGGUGGCAGGCGCUGCCCUCCUGCAAAGGGGAGAUCAUUGGAUACCAGCUGAACAUCACGACGAGGAGCACACGGGACGGCCGCUUCCUGGAGAUGGAGCGGCUGCGGCUGAGCGGCUCCGUCACGGAGCACCCGCUGCCUGAGCACAGCCCCGGCAGCAGCUACGUGGUGACGAUGCAGGGACUCACGGCUGCCGGAGCUGGGGCUGCAUCGCUGUGGGAGUUUCAGACCAAGAGUUCAGACACCCCACACCCUCUCGACACCAGCUGUCGCAGUGUCCGCGACAUCUCCCCAUCUCAAGGGACAGCCGUGCUUCCCCUCCGCCCCAUUGCCCGACCCUCCCAGGCGGCGAGGGAGCACCAGCUCAUCGUGGCUGCGACGCACAACGGCACAGCGGUAGAAGGCGCCUGCCUGGGGGAUCCGCAGUCCUUCAACGCCAGCCUGCAGCCUGACACCUACACGGCCGCCGUGCUCAACCUCACCGCCCCCACAGACUUUGUGCUGGGUGACGGGACCCAUGGGGAGGGUUACCACAAUGCUGCCCUCCAGCCGGGCUCCAACUACACGGCCCUUCUCCGCCUCGUCCACCGCUCACAGCAGGCAGAGAAGUUCACCUGUGUGUGCUACAGCUUCUCUCUUGUUUCAGGGCAGCCUCCGGGCCCAUGGCGUGGGACUGUCGUUGGUGUUUUUGUGCUGUUGGUGCUCCUCCUCCUUUCUGCAGGGAUCCUGUGGUUCGUGCUUUCCAGGAGAAGGAAGUCUUUCCCCAGCAAUGCCAAGGAGGUUAAUUAAAAAGGUAAAGGUGGCCAGGAUGGAGAUCAGUCACUGCAGCCCCUGCCCAGGAUCACAGGAGACAUUCAGAGCAGUGAAGGAGUGGAGAAGAUGGGGAGGAUGACCCCAGCUCAGUGCCGAUGGCUGCCAGGCUCCUGGCUGUCCUGUAACUGUGACCAGCCCUGAAGGUCCCAUCCAACUCAGGAGAGCAAGAGGAAAACAGGAGGCCAAGAGGGUUGUGAGCUUUUUCUUUCCUCACACCCUUCACCUCCUAGCUUGUGCUUACUGCUGUUUUGAGGCCUUUGAAUGUGACUUUCUGUAGUUCCUUUUUUUAGACUUUGAUUUUGUUUCUGCUUUUCUGGAAGCAGGAACUGUACACCAGAUUUCCCAGUCCCUGACUCACAUGGGCUCAGGCUGAGGGACGGUCCAUGCUCCCACCAUACCCUGGGUUCCCAGCUCCUCUUCCCACUCCAUCUGCUGAUAUUCAGCCAAACCUAGGGCUCUGCUAGAGUUUGGCUUGACUGGGCUGCCUUUGUGGCUCUGCCUGGACAACAAAUAAAGGCUUGUGGUUUGGAAGGGGCUGCCUGGCCCACUACA